AUGGCUGGCCUGAACUUUGAAGCUCUGAGAAACCUGCACAACUCUGCUAAUGAUCUUCUCCACUCUCCCAUCAUCCAGCAAGCUCUGGUCCUCAACAGUCAAGAAAAAUGGGUUCAUGAAGUCUCGGAAGCAUCUCUGAGACUGUUGGAUGUGUGCAGCAUUUCGAAAGACGUUCUUUUGCUUGUGAAAGAGCAUCUCCAGGACCUUCAGUUCACUUUACGUAGAGUGACCAGCUCCGGCGAAGAAGAUAUUGGGAGCAAAAUGACAGCCUACAAUUUCUAUAGGAACAAGUUGAAGAAGGAGACCCUCAAGUGCUUGAAUUCUUUGAAAGGACGUCCUAUGAAUAACAAAUCCUCCAUCGUUAGCUCAGAAAUUUGCCCUAUAGACGAGAACCUUACGCUUGUUGUAGAUGUGCUAAGACAAGUGAGGGUCACCACUGUUUCCAUUGUGGAGACUCUGCUGUCUCUCAUUUCCAUUCCCUGGCUGGAUGGAAAAUCAACUAGUAGAAGUACCGCUACUUCUUUCAAGUUCAUGUCCAAGUUUGUGUGUGGAAAGAGCCAAAAAGUACAUGACCUAUGCGAUGCAACGGCGCUUCAGAGUGCGAAUACAAGGUUGGAUGCUGUGGAGAUUGCCAUUCAAGAUCUUCAAGUUGAAUUAGAGUGCAUGUUCAGGCGCUUGAUCGACACCAGAGUUGCACUUCUUAACAUCCUUACCAACUAG